GUGAGUGCGUCUAGAUUACACAUCUGUUGUGGUGUUUGACGACGCAAAGGUGUUUGUGAUCCAUGUGGGAUGGCUUUGAAAGGAUGGCGGCUUAUAUUGAAUCGAGUGACUUUCAUACCUCAACGCUAUGUACUUGGCAUUAUGGGUCUGUUUGCUUUGGCAAAUGCCUUCACGAUGCGGGUCUGUCUCAGUAUGACCAUAACACAAAUGGUCCUACACGCAGAGUCCUCUGAGCAUAUUGUUGGCGAAACUUGCCCUGACAAUAGCGAUACCUCAGGAUCUGGAGGAAGUAACAGUACAGUUUACUUUGAAGGACGGGAUCGAUAUGACUGGAGCGAAGCUACACAAGGGUUUCUUCUAAGCGCGUUUUACUACGGCUACGUGAUAACCCACUUGCCAGGAGGACUCUUGGCUGAAAAGUUUGGAGGAAAAUGGACACUUGGUUUGGGUCUAUUAGUCACGUCCAUAGCAACAGCUCUAACCCCCUUGGUAGUUAGUAUGUGGGGAGCCGUGGGAUUGUUCAUCAUGCGUGUUAUCGAAGGAUUUGGCGAGGGACCAGUUACCCCAGCGUUUGUACUAUUACUAGCUAGAUGGGUACCGCCUUCUGAGAGGUCACGUUUUGGAGCUAUGAUAUUCGGUGGAGCUCAGAUUGGUAACAUCUUUGGUCCCUACCUUUCGGGUAUACUCUUAGCAGACGGUGGGGAUUGGGCUAAUGUAUUCUAUGUCUUUGGAGGGCUGGGUAUCAUCUGGUUCGUAUUUUGGGUGCUUUUAUGCUACAGUACACCUAAUUCCCAUCCUUACAUUUCCGACGAGGAGAGGAAUUAUUUGAACAAUAACGUGGCUGCUUCGGGCUUACAUAAGAAAUUGGAUCCAGUUCCAUUCAAGGCAAUGCUAAGAUCCGGCCCGCUAUGGGUUCUUAUAAUGGCAGCUAUCGGUCACGACUGGGGCUACUUUACGAUGAUCACCGAUCUGCCGAAGUAUUUCUCCGAUGUUCUCAAGUUCAACAUCAAGGAGACCGGUCUCAUGUCCGCGUUGCCAUACAUUGCGAUGUACAUCUGUUCCUUCAUAUUUGCAGCGCUCUGCGAUUUCUGCAUUAAGAAGAAAUGGCAUAGCAUUACAACAGGCCGAAAAAUUUAUACAACUGUCUCAUCAUCCGUACCGGCACUUUUUAUAAUACUGGCCUCGUACUCUGGAUGCGACCGCUUCCAGGCUGUGGGUCUAUUUAUUGCAUCGAUGGCGUUCAUGGGAGGAUUCUAUAGCAGCGUGAAGAUAAAUGCCAUGGAUAUAGCUCCGAACUACGCUGGUACAUGUUCUGCGUUUGUGAAUGGUAUAGCUGCUAUUUCAGGAAUCAUUACACCGUAUUUGAUAGGAUUGUUAACGCCUGAUCAAACAGUGGAGCAAUGGCGGAUAGCAUUCUGGGCAGUAUUCGCGGUGUUAGUCGGCACAAACGUCGUCUACGUAAUUUGGGGAUCAGGAGAACAGCAAUGGUGGGACGAUGUUUCGAAAUAUGGCUACCCACCAGGUUGGAAACAUGGCACGUUUAAGAAAAGACAAACAGACACGGAGAAGAAAAUCGUACACCCGAAACAUGAUCAUUCGCCAAUCGCUAAAGAUUGAUAUAAAUAACUGUACAAAUGUAAAUAAAACUAUUUAUUUUAAAUAUA